ACUGUAAUUCAAUGGAUCUUCUUUUAUGAUAAAUCAGUCACAGCAUGGCUUCACCAAGGAGAAGUCUUGCCUGACAAACUUGUUAAGUUUUUACAGUCAAGUGAACGAGGCAGUAGAUAAUGGUGAUAGUUAUGAUAUCUUAUAUCUGGACUUCAGUAAAGCAUUUGACAAGGUACUCCAUCAAAGGCUCCUGAAAAAGGUUAGGGCACACGGGAUAGAUGGGAAGGUGUUAGGCUGGAUAGGGUCAUGGCUUAGCGACAGGUGACAAACAAUGGUAGGAUGAUUAAUUUAUCACAAUGAUUAAGUAUUCAAGUAUCAGUUUUCUGUCAUGAACUGUAACCAUUGUUUUCUUAGAAAGACUUGUUUUGUAAGACUUUUAAAGAGCACAGCAGAAAAGAAUCACCUACAUUAUAACAAACAACUUGAGCAAGUGUGCAGUCUUGUUUAGGCUGUCUUUUGUGCCUCACUGUGCCUAAUGUGGCAAAGCAUUGAUCGCAUAUGUAGGAAAACAGCAAAGUUUCAGAGAACAAAAUUCAACUAAAUAUGUAAAAAAAAGUAUUUAUUUAUUUAUUUUUUAUUUAUUAUGAUUUUUUCCUACUUAUCAACACCUCCACAAAACAAACACACACACCAAUGCUAAAACCCUUCUUACAUCUCAUGACAGACCGCAACUCUUAUAUUAACUUACUGAGACACUGGAAUCAGGAUGCACCUUGCACUGAGACACUGGAAUCAGGAUGCACCUUGCACUGAGACACUGGAAUCAGGAUGCACCUUGCACUGAGACACUGGAAUCAGGAUGCACCUUGCACUGAGACACUGGAAUCAGGAUGCACCUUGACUCUUCAAGAAUUCUCGUAUGACGUGUGGGUGGCCAGACAAGAGAGAGAACACUACUUAGAGCACCACAGACACUAACACUGGGCCCACUGUCACCUAUACGUGCCCAACUGACUCUCCUGUGGGGAACUCAACAAGAGCCUGCCUGAAAAGUGGCUUGUGGAGCGAGUCUGCAUCCACUUGCAGAUUGGUGACCUGCGCAAAGCCUACACUUCCUGCUGAUGGUUACGUUACAGCCUAUAGUUUUGACGUGAGGGCGGACGUGAUCUACCACUGCAAUGAAGGAUACCGGCUGGAAACAGGUCACGAUGGCUCGCCACAACCUUCCAGUGGGCAUGAGAGGACGAGAUCUGUGAAAAGGACGUGUCAAAUCGCAGGACUUUAGUCAGGGAAUGUGCCCUCGUGUCUUUACACAGAUUGCGGCCACGUUCCUGAACCCUGAAGGGUAGUCGUGACUAUCUAAAUGGUACCACCUAUUUGGAUAGUCAAGUGAACUAUUCCUGUACUACUAACUAUCAGAUAGUCGGCCAGCAGAUCAGAGUGUGCCAGGAGGAUAGUCAGUGGAGUGGAGAGGCACUGCUGUGUCAAGAAAUCCGGUGCGGGCCGCCUUCAGAAAAACAUGGAGGUGCCAAAGUUCUGGGGAUUUCUGGCAGUGACCGGCACCUCACCUCCACAUUUGCAAGGCGAAGGGAACAUCUGGCCAUGGAGGACUCAUACAGUUGCCAAUGGGAUGUACCAGAAGACAGUGUAUGGGAUGGCUGCCCGUCUCCCAUUCAGCUACACGGGGGCGGUGGUGCUGGGCUCGCACUUAUUCCAUUACCACGACGCGAUGCACGACAGGGUGAAAAAAAUCCUCAAAGAACGACAGAAGGAAGCCGAGGACUCCUUAGUGGCACACCUUCAAGUCUGCCUUCCCUCAGCUGUUCAACGUAUUCAUGGCCUUUGUGACUUUGGCAAUCUUCCCUGCAGGCCUGGCGGGUCAAGGUAUGGGAAGCAUCACCCCUUCACCCCAGACACCCUCCCCACACCCCAGGCCCCACACACCCCUGGGGAGAGGCAGGAACACACCCCAAACAGCUGUCAUGUCUCAAAAUCAAAUCAAAGGGAAUUUUUGAAGACUUGGGGUUCAGACAGUGGUACCCCUGCUUCUCCCCCAACCCCACACCCCGGACGCCCCUCCAUGCCACCCCGUGGACACCCUGGGGGAGGCUGUCGCACCCCAUGCACCCCACACACCCCAUGAAUGCCGACAGUGGGUGCCCAGAGUUGCCUCACAGCUUGAGAUCAAGUCAAAACGCAAGCCUGGACCCAGUUGACUUCACACAGUCUUCUCAGCCCUCCCACAGCCUUUGACAGCCUCCCACAGUGCAUCACAGCCUCCUACAGCAUUGGAUGCCAGAACACAGCACACCAAUCCUUCCCACAGUGGCCAGAAACAGCACACAGCAAAAUGGUUAACCAGAAUGAACAGACACACGAACUGACACACAUAGACACAGCGCCAAACGCCAUAGAGCCAACGCACAGCAUCCCACAGCAGCCAGGGGGACAGCACAGCAUCACGGACUCCCCAGACACCCUCAGAACACCACAGCACACAGCACAGGAUGAAAUAUUAAGCUUAGCCUUUGCAUCACCCGUCAUAAACAGCACUGGGGGAGAUGACAGCACACAGUGGCACACAGCAGGGACCCAGGGACUAGUGAGGACUGAACAGCAAGCCACAGCAUCACCACACCCUGUGGAUGCUGUGAGGGAAGCAGGACGACCACACACAAGGCACAAGAUUGAGAAACGGACAGAAAGAGGAACCAUCAAUUCGAAGGAUCAUUUUAAAACAAGACUCAUAACUUCUGCUGCUACUUCUGCUGCUACUACUGCUACUAUUACUGCGGCUACUGCUAUAGGGGGUGCAUCUGUGUCCUCCAGCAAUAUUUACCAGUGUAUCGAGACUUAGACAAGACUUCACCAUUAAACAAGAUGAAAAUCUCGGAACAGGGAAGGAGAAAAAUAACUCGGAGAACGAGAAGGACAAGAGGAAGGCGCGACACUGACACACAAACGCACACACACAUAAAACGGAAGCCACUACAGGCUUUAGACCUCUCAUGUGACUCUGGCAACAGUGAUCCCAGUGUUACCAAUCCCCUGUGUGACUCUAGGAGCGCGGACAGCUGGAAACAAGGGCUGGGGAGGCCGGGAGUGAGGUCAGGGGUCACAGGAGAGGGAAACAGUGCUCUUCCUCUUCCUCCUCGCUGCAGUUCAGGUCACCACAGCCUUGCCGCAGCCAGCCACACCCACCACGGGCCUCCACACACCCUCACGCAGCAGUGCCAAGGCUGGACACAGCACUGCACAGCCCAGAACAGUCUAUGCCUAAUUCUCUAGUCAUUUAUAUUCAGAAUUUAACCCCCCUUGUGAGGACAGCGACUACCACCACCACCACCACCAGCACAGCCAAGCAGAUGCAGACAGAAGAAGGAUAAGAUCACAUGACCUCUCCCACACCCUUGACCUGACCAUGUAACUGGCCAGGACCAUACUGAGGCGAUCUGAGAGUCUCCUAACUUCUCUGCCCCAACCCAGCGGCAGAAAUAGCCCAAGAAGUAGCCCAAAUGUAGCCUGCCAUAAGAGAUAGCCCAGUAGCUAAAAAAAAUAGCCCAAAGAUUAGGUUGCCCAAAAAAUAGCCCAAAGAAUGUGGUUUUUUAUGUUUUAUUUAUUUAGUUUAUUUAUUUUAAUUGUAAAGGAAGUUAAGAAUUUUUUUUUAAGUCAGUCAGUUCUCUAAGUCAAGAAAGGUGUGUGUGUGUGUCAGUCAGGCAGUCAGUCAGACAGACAGACAGACAGACAGACAGACAGACAGACAGACAGACUUAUGCCAUUGAGAAAAUGACAUUAAGCUCUAGGCUAUUAAAAGUAGAUUUGAUAUUUGAGAGAGAGAGAGAGAGAGAGAGAGAGAGAGAGAGAGAGAGAGAGAGAGAGAGAUAAUAAUUGUAGUAUGUGUGUGUGAGAAACAUGACUGGCUGCCCAGAUCACCCUUUGAGGCAGCUGAUUGGUUGACAACUUGGUGCUUGUAUCUGAUUGGUCACCAUGACUUAGAUGUGACACAUGAUUGGUUGGAAUUACUACUGUUACUGUUAUUUUUAAGUUCUGACUAAGUGUAAUGGGAAAUGUUGUGUUUCUGAUAAGUUUUUUGGUCAUUUUCAAGUUUGGCUGAGUUCUGACUAAGUUCUGAAUUUAAAUGCAUUUUUGUGAAGAUUUUUAGUCUAGGAAAGUUUGGCUAAUUUUUUUUUUUGAAGUUCUGAGUGAAAAUGUUGUGUUUCUGAUAAGUUUUUAAGGUCAUUUUCAAGUCUGGCCAAGUUCUGACUAAGUUCUGAAUUAAAAUAUUGUGUUUUUGUGAAGAUUUUUUGGUCUAGGAAAGUUUGGCUAAUUUUUUUAAAGUUCUGAGUGAAAAUGUUGUGUUUCUGAUAAGUUUUUAAGGUCAUUUUGAAGUCUGGCCAAGUUCUGACUAAGUUCUGAAUUAAAAUAUUGUGUUUUUGUGAAGAUUUUUGGUCUAGGAAAGUUUGGCUAAUUUUUUUUAAGUUCUGAGUCAAAAGGUUGUGUUUCUGAUAAGUUUUUAAGGUCAUUUUCAGGUUUGGCCAAGUUCUGACUAAGUUCUGAAUUUAAAUAUUGUGUUUUUGUGAAGAUUUUUUGGUCUAGGAAAGUUUGGCUAAUUUUUUUAAGUUCUGAGUCAAAAUGUUGUGUUUCUGAUAAGUUUUUUAUGUUAUUUUCAAGUUUGGCCAAGUUCUGACUAAGUUCUGAAUUUAAAUAUUGUGUUUUUGUGAAGAUUUUUUAAGGAAAGUUUGGCUAUUUUUUUUUAAAGAUCUGAGUCAAAAGGUUGUGUUUCUGAUAAGUUUUUUAUGUUAUUUUCAAGUUUGGCCAAGUUCUGACUAAGUUCUGAAUUAAAAUAUUGUGUUUUUGUGAAGAUUUUUGGUCUAGGAAAGUUUGGCUAAUUUUUUUUAAGUUCUGAGUCAAAAUGUUGUGUUUCUGAUAAGUUUUUAAGGUCAUUUUCAAGUCUGGCCAAGUUCUGACUAAGUUCUGAAUUUAAAUAUUGUGUUUUUGUGAAGAUUUUUGGUCUAGGAAAGUUUGGCUAAUUUUUUUAAAGUUCUGAGUCAAAAGGUUGUGUUUCUGAUAAGUUUUUUAUGUUAUUUUCAAGUUUGGCCAAUUUCUGACUAAGUUCUGAAUUAAAAUAUUGUGUUUUUGUGAAGAUUUUUUAGUCUAGGAAAGUUUGGUUAAUUUUUUUUUGAAGUUCUGAGUGAAAAUGUUGUGUUUCUGAUAAGUUUUUAAGGUCAUUUUCAAGUCUGGCCAAGUUCUGACUAAGUUCUGAAUUUAAAUAUUGUGUUUUUGUGAAGAUUUUUUAUUAAGGAAAGUUUGGCUAAUUUUUUUUUAAGAUUGAGUCAAAAUGUUGUGUUUCUGAUAAGUUUUUAAUGUUAUUUUCAAGUUUGGCCAAGUUCUGACUAAGUUCUGAAUUAAAAUAUUGUGUUUUUGUGAAGAUUUUUUAUUAAGGAAAGUUUGGCUAAUUUUUUUUUAAGUUCUGAGUCAAAAUGUGUUUCUGAUAAGUUUUUAAUGUUAUUUUCAAGUUUGGCCAAGUUCUGACUAAGUUCUGAAUUAAAAUAUUGUGUUUUUGUGAAGAUUUUUGGUCUAGGAAAGUUUGGCUAAUUUUUUUUAAGUUCUGAGUCAAAAUGUUGUGUUUCUGAUAAGUUUUUAAGGUCAUUUUCAAGUCUGGCCAAGUUCUGACUAAGUUCUGAAUUAAAAUAUUGUGUUUUUGUGAAGAUUUUUGGUCUAGGAAAGUUUGGCUAAUUUUUUUAAAGUUCUGAGUCAAAAUGUUGUGUUUCUGAUAAGUUUUUUAUGUUAUUUUCAAGUUUGGCCAAGUUCUGACUAAGUUCUGAAUUUAAAUAUUGUGUUUUUGUGAAGAUUUUUUAUUAAGGAAAGUUUGGCUAAUUUUUUUUUUAAGAUUGAGUCAAAAUGUUGUGUUUCUGAUAAGUUUUUAAUGUUAUUUUCAAGUUUGGCCAAGUUCUGACUAAGUUCUGAAUUAAAAUAUUGUGUUUUUGUGAAGAUUUUUUAUUAAGGAAAGUUUGGCUAAUUUUUUUAAAGUUCUGAGUCAAAAGGUUGUGUUUCUGAUAAGUUUUUUAUGUUAUUUUCAAGUUUGGACAAGUUCUGACUAAGUUCUGAAUUAAAAUAUUGUGUUUUUGUGAAGAUUUUUUAUUAAGGAAAGUUUGACUAAUUUUUUUUAAGUUCUGAGUCAAAAUGUUGUGUUUCUGAUAAGUUUUUUAUGUUAUUUUCAAGUUUGGCCAAGUUCUGACUAAGUUCUGAAUUUAAAUAUUGUGUUUUUGUGAAGAUUUUUUAUUAAGGAAAGUUUGGCUAAUUUUUUUUUAAGAUUGAGUCAAAAUGUUGUGUUUCUGAUAAGUUUUUAAGGUCAUUUUCAGGUUUGGCCAAGUUCUGACUAAGUUCUGAAUUAAAAUAUUGUGUUUUUGUGAAGAUUUUUGGUCUAGGAAAGUUUGGCUAAUUUUUUUUAAGUUCUGAGUCAAAAUGUUGUGUUUCUGAUAAGUUUUUUAUGUUAUUUUCAAGUUUGGCCAAGUUCUAAGUUCUGAAUUUAAAUAUUGUGUUUUUGUGAAGAUUUUUUUUAUUAAGGAAAGUUUGGCUAAUUUUUUUUAAGUUCUGAGUCAAAAUGUUGUGUUUCUGAUAAGUUUUUAAUGUUAUUUUCAAGUUUGGCCAAGUUCUGACUAAGUUCUGAAUUAAAAUAUUGUGUUUUUGUGAAGAUUUUUUAUUAAGGAAAGUUUGGCUAAUUUUUUUAAAGUUCUGAGUCAAAAGGUUGUGUUUCUGAUAAGUUUUUUAUGUUAUUUUCAAGUUUGGCCAAGUUCUGACUAAGUUCUGAAUUAAAAUAUUGUGUUUUUGUGAAGAUUUUUUAUUAAGGAAAGUUUGACUAAUUUUUUUUAAGUUCUGAGUCAAAAUGUUGUGUUUCUGAUAAGUUUUUUAUGUUAUUUUCAAGUUUGGCCAAGUUCUGACUAAGUUCUGAAUUUAAAUAUUGUGUUUUUGUGAAGAUUUUUUAUUAAGGAAAGUUUGGCUAAUUUUUUUUAAGAUUGAGUCAAAAUGUUGUGUUUCUGAUAAGUUUUUAAGGUCAUUUUCAGGUUUGGCCAAGUUCUGACUAAGUUCUGAAUUAAAAUAUUGUGUUUUUGUGAAGAUUUUUGGUCUAGGAAAGUUUGGCUAAUUUUUUUUAAGUUCUGAGUCAAAAUGUUGUGUUUCUGAUAAGUUUUUUAUGUUAUUUUCAAGUUUGGCCAAGUUCUAAGUUCUGAAUUUAAAUAUUGUGUUUUUGUGAAGAUUUUUUUUAUUAAGGAAAGUUUGGCUAAUUUUUUUUAAAGUUCUGAGUCAAAAUGUUGUGUUUCUGAUAAGUUUUUAAGGUCAUUUUCAGGUUUGGCCAAGUUCUGACUAAGUUCUGAAUUUAAAUAUUGUGUUUUUGUGAAGAUUUUUGGUCUAGGAAAGUUUGGCUAAUUUUUUUUAAGUUCUGAGUCAAAAUGUUGUGUUUCUGAUAAGUUUUUUAUGUUAUUUUCAAGUUUGGCCAAGUUCUAAGUUCUGAAUUUAAAUAUUGUGUUUUUGUGAAGAUUUUUGGUCUAGGAAAGUUUGGCUAAUUUUUUUUAAGUUCUGAGUCAAAAUGUUGUGUUUCUGAUAAGUUUUUUAUGUUAUUUUCAAGUUUGGCCAAGUUCUAAGUUCUGAAUUUAAAUAUUGUGUUUUUGUGAAGAUUUUUGGUCUAGGAAAGUUUGGCUAAUUUUUUUUAAGUUCUGAGUCAAAAUGUUGUGUUUCUGAUAAGUUUUUUAUGUUAUUUUCAAGUUUGGCCAAGUUCUAAGUUAUAAUUGAAAGUAUUGUGUUUUUGACAAGAUUAUAAGUGUGAAAGUUUGUGUUAAGUUCAUUGCAGUGAAAGUUGAUGUGUAUACUUAAGUUAUUCACUUAUAGAAACUUGUAAGGGUAUAAAGGUUACAUUGAAAAAAUUAGAGGAAUAAAUGUUUACUUAUUUUGUAUUGUGAGAGAGAGAGAGAGAGAGGUCAGGUGCCUUCUAAUGAUAAUGAUGAUGAUAAUAAUAAUAAUAAUAAUAAUAAUAAUAAUAAUAAUAAUAAUAACUAGUAUUCAUACCAAAAUAUCCAUCCAUAGAAAAUAUUCAUGUUUUUUUACUAUUAUUAUUAUUAUUAUUAUUAUUAUUAUUAUUAUUAUUAUUAUUAUUAUUAUUAUUAUUAUUAUUAUUAUUAUUACUACUACUACUACUACUACUACUACUACUACUACUACUACUACUACUACUACUACUACUACACUCCCAGCUCCACCACCACCACCACCACUACUACUACUACUACUACUACUACUACUACUACUACUACUACUACUACUACUACUACUACUACUACUAUUAUUUUUUCCAUGCAAUUAGGCAUAUUAGGAUCAUCAUCAUCAGUAGUAGCAGUAGUAGGCCUAGUCAUUACACACAAUAAUUCAUAAUAAACUUGUAUAUAUAUUUUUCUGCAUAUUUCAAUUUCUUAUUUUAUUUAUUCCAAUGAUUUUAACUAAUACACUCCAUGUUUAGACCUAUGUGUGUGUGUGUGUGUGUGUGUGUGUUAGGUGACCCAGCAUGACCUCACUGUGACCUCUGCAUUUUGAGUCAAGUCUGGUGAGAAAUUGAUGUACACUAGCAUUGAAACCAUUGGAGAUUCAAAUAAGCUAGGCAGUGUUGUGUUGUGUUCGGGGUGUUCGGCUAAGAAUUAAAAUUGUGUUUCGGAUAAGCUGGCCAGUGUUGUGUUGUGUUCAGGGUGUUUGGCAAAGGAAAAACUGUAUUUGGGAUAAGGUGUGUGCAUUUUUGGGUAUUUGGUGUAGGGUAAACUGUUGUAUUUUGGGUAAACCAGCAGAAUAUUGGAUAAAGUUGUGUUUGUGAUGAAAGAAAUUGUGUGUAGAAUAUUUAGGUGAAAGAUAAGCAGUGUUUUUUUGAUUAGAUACAGAAGUGGUGUGUGUGUUUUUUUGGUGUUUGGUAAAAGAUGAACUGUUGUAAUUGAAAUGGUGUUGAGGAUUGUGAAAAUUUUGUUAAACUUAUUUCAUUGUAUCUAAUUCUUUUCUGUGGUCUUCUUCCUCCUCCUCUUUUUUCUUUCUUUCUUGUGUUCCUUCUUCCUCUUUCCCUUUCUUUUCUUUCUGGUGUUCCUUCUUCUUCCUCUUCUUUCUCUUGUCCUUUUCUUUUCUUGUUCCUUCUCCUCUUUCUCUUCUUCCUCUCUUCCUCUUCCUUCUGUCUUUUUGUUGAGUUUUGUCUUCCUUCUUCCUUUGUUGUCUUGUCUCUUCUUCCUGUCUUCCUCUUUUAAUUUACUGUUUUAUGUUCCUCCUCCUCCUCCUCUUCCUCUCUUUCAUUCUUCCCGUCAUCCUCUUCACUUCUUCAUUCUUCCCCUGUCAUCCUCUUCACUUCUGUCUUCCUUUAAUUCAUAUGUACCUCCUCCUCCUCAUCAUCAUCUUUCUCUCUUCCCUGUCUUUUCCUCCUCAUCUCCUCAUCAUCAUCCUCUCUCUCUCUUCCCUGUGUGUUUUCCUCCUCAUCAUCCUCUUCCUCUCUUCCCUUUUUGUCUUUAAGUAAAAUUCAGGUUUGUCUGUUAUUAUUAUUAUUAUUAUUAUUGUCUUAUCAAGUUAAUAUUUUGUUGUGUUAUUUUAUUAUUACUACUUAUUGUAACAUUCUAAACUUUUCUAUAAGGAUUAAAUUUUGAUAUAUUGACUUAAAGUUUUUAAUAAUUAUUUUUUGAGUCAGAAAGGAGAGAGAAAAAUAAUUGAAUCUUAACCCUUUAUUUUCUUAAUGUCAUAAACUUUUACA